AUGAAAUCAUAUCCAUUUCUUGUUCUUCUUUUCACUUUACUUGCAUUAGUAUCAUCUGCCCCUUCAAGCAAUGGGAAACCUUUAAUACCCCAAGAAGACUCCUUUUAUGAUGACCCAGAAGAUCUCCAGAGCUACGCUUUGGGUGAGUUGAUUAAAAUAAGAAAGACUCCACAUCAACUCAGAGGAAUUUACAUACCUAUCAGUGUUAAGGACUCAUGGCAAAUAAUGGUGAGAUCUUCCGACGUAUUUGGUAAUGCUACUGCAAUUGUGUCGACUAUUAUUGAACCAUUUAACGCUGACCCUAGUAAAUUAGUUACCUAUAACAUUGCUGAAGAUGCUUCUGCUGAAAACUGUGCACCUUCAUAUUCUUUGCAGUAUGGAGCAAAUAUGGAUACAUUAAUUGCUCAGAUUGAAAUGUAUUUCAUUCAAAUGGCAUUGAAUGAAGGCUGGUGGGUCCUUGUUCCAGAUUACGAAGGUAAAAAUCUGGCUUUUACAGCUGGAAGGAAGGCCGGUAAAAGUGUUUUAGACUCAAUCAGAGGAGCACUUAAUUCUGUUGAUUUCACAGGGUUAGACGCAGAUCCUGAUAUUGUUAUGUGGGGCUAUAGCGGAGGCUCAAUUGCUACCGGCUGGGCAGCAGCAUUACAGCCCACGUAUGCUCCUGAGUUAGGAAGCAAGCUUCGUGGAGCUGCUGUUGGAGGAUUUGCAGCUAAUAUCUCCGAGACGAUCUUAGUUUGUGAUAACACACUAUACGCUGGAUUAAUUCCAAAUGGAAUGUGGGGUUUGUCCAGAGAAUAUCCCGAAUUAGAGGCAAUAGUCGAAUCGUACAUGAAUACAGAUAGAAUUCCGAGAUUUAAGCAUAUUGCUGGGCUUUGCUUGGUGCCUUCAAUUGUUGAGUCAUUAUAUGCAACUCUAUUUAGCGGGGCUCCGUCAGAUCAACUUUGGUUCCCUGACGGCUGGAAUGUGUUUAAUGAUGAAAAGGUGAAGGACAUUCUUUUGAAUACUACAUUAGCAAUCGAUGAAACGGAAAUGCCUCAGAUACCAUUCUUCGUUUACCAUGGACUCGAUGAUCACAUUGUCCCUCUGAGCAAUACUUUUAGGGUUUAUGACAUCUGGAGUAAAGCAGGUAUUAAAUCCAUGGAAGUAAGUAUUAGUAACUCGACUCGUCAUAUUACAGAAAUGCUCCUUGGCUGUCCCGCUGCCGUAACUUGGCUAAAGAAAGCAUUCAACAAUGACACUGUUGAUGGAACUCAAUUCACAUAUAGAUCUAGCAAUUUAGAUUACCCCGAUGUUGAGCCACAGAUUAUAGAUUUAAUAUUUGGGGCAGGAAGGACUAUUCUUGAUACCAAUCUUGGGCCAAUAGUUUCACCAGAUGGAACAUUCAUAUCUUCAUUGACUAGUACGCAAGGCAAAGGAAAUGAUACCAUAACAGACAAUCCUACUAUUAACAAAAGAGGAUUUGAAGACUUCGACCAAUUGCUCGAAAUGCACCUACAUGAUAUGUACUUGAAUAAGAAAAAGAGGAAUGGUAUGUUUUAA